GCCAAGCCCACAACCCGAAACUACCCAAUGAUUCGAUCCUGGUAAGAGCAUCACAAAAAUGACACUGGAGUAGUGAUCCACGUAUUUUGUGGUUGAAUACAAAAUGGCCCAAAGUUGUGAAUAUACUCGAUCCAUUUGUCCCAUCUUACGUCGCAACGCACUCCCUCGAGAACCCGGACUCCCCAGUCCUUUCCCGCCCUCUCCAGAAGUCUCUGAUUUUCCCUCAGUCCCCAACGAUAUUUUGAAAAAAUGGACUCCUGUUUCCAGCUCAACCUCCUCGUUCUUUCCCGAUCCCUCCAGUUUACUGCUUCGUGUUCCAGCCUCCAGCCAUCUCUUUAAUACCCCCGACCCCAUCCCUCAACCCUGUAUAUAUACUCCAACACCUCGUUAGUCCUCCUGCAUCCAAGACCAAUAAGAAAGAAGACCAACCUGACAACCGAUACCUUUUCAAAAAAAUCUAAAAACUGCGCCUUUUCUGAGAAAUCCUCUUUCUUCUCUUAUCGACCUGAGCUAAUUCUUCGUUUCUUGAUUUGUUGAGUUCAAUUCUUUGUUGCUGAAAUGGCAGCAAAAGGUGAAGGCAAGGCUAUUGGCAUCGAUCUUGGCACAACCUACAGUUGUGUCGGGGUGUGGCAGAAUGAUCGAGUUGAGAUCAUCCCGAAUGAUCAAGGCAACAGAACAACCCCUUCUUAUGUUGCAUUCACCGAUACUGAAAGGUUAAUUGGUGAUGCAGCUAAGAAUCAGGUUGCUAUGAAUCCUCAGAACACUGUUUUCGAUGCCAAACGACUUAUCGGACGUCGCUGCUCUGACCCUUCUGUCCAGGCUGAUAUGAGGCAUUGGCCGUUUAAGGUGAUUGCUGGCCCAGGUGAUAAGCCCAUGAUCGUUGUUCAGUACAAGGGCGAGGAGAAACACUUUGCUCCCGAGGAGAUUUCUUCGAUGGUCUUGACGAAGAUGAGAGAGGUUGCUGAGUCUUUCUUGGGGCAAACUGUGAAGAAUGCUGUGAUCACCGUGCCUGCCUAUUUCAAUGAUUCUCAGAGGCAGGCGACAAAGGAUGCUGGCGCGAUUGCUGCGAUUAAUGUGAUGAGGAUCAUUAAUGAACCAACGGCUGCUGCUAUUGCUUAUGGCUUGGACAAGAAGGGCUCAAGAACCGGCGAAAAGAAUGUCCUGAUAUUCGAUCUUGGUGGUGGAACUUUUGAUGUCUCACUGCUGACUAUUGAGGAAGGGAUAUUUGAAGUCAAGGCCACAGCGGGAGAUACACAUCUGGGUGGUGAAGAUUUUGAUAAUAGGCUUGUCAAUCAUUUUGUUCAAGAAUUUAAGAGGAAGAACAAGAAAGAUAUCAGUGGUAAUGCUAGGGCUUUGAGGCGGUUGAGGACUGCAUGUGAAAGGGCAAAGAGGACGCUUUCAUCCACUGCACAGACCACGAUUGAGAUUGAUUCUUUGUACGAGGGGAUCGAUUUCUAUGCUACAAUUACAAGGGCAAGAUUUGAGGAGUUGAACAUGGACUUGUUCAGGAAGUGCAUGGAGCCCGUGGAGAAAUGCUUGAGGGAUGCUAAAGUUGACAAGAGCCAUGUUCAUGAUGUGGUUCUUGUUGGUGGAUCGACGAGGAUACCAAAAGUCCAGCAACUCUUGCAAGAUUUCUUCAAUGGUAAAGAGCUUUGCAAGAGUAUUAAUCCUGAUGAGGCUGUGGCUUAUGGAGCUGCUGUUCAAGCAGCAAUUUUGGGUGGAGAAACAGAUCAAAAAGUUCAAGAUUUGUUGCUUCUUGAUGUCACCCCUCUCAGUCUUGGACUUGAGACUGCUGGUGGAGUGAUGACGGUAUUGAUUCCGAGAAACACCACCAUACCGACCAAGAAAGAGCAGAUUUUCUCCACUUAUUCUGAUAACCAGCCUGGAGUGCUAAUCCAAGUGUAUGAAGGAGAGAGGCCAAUGACCAAAGACAACAAUCUUCUCGGUAAAUUUGAGCUAAGUGGCAUUCCACCAGCUCCAAGAGGUGUACCGCAGAUUAAUGUCUGCUUUGACAUUGAUGCAAAUGGUAUCCUGAACGUGUCUGCCGAAGACAAGACCGCUGGUGUGAAGAACAAGAUUACUAUUACCAAUGACAAGGGAAGAUUGAGCAAGGAUGAAAUUGAGAGAAUGGUCCAGGAAGCCGAAAGGUAUAAGGCUGAAGAUGAGGCAGUCAAGAAGAAGGUAGAAGCCAAGAACUCCUUGGAGAACUAUGCUUACAACAUGAAAAACACUGUGAGAGAUGAGAAGUUUGCUGGGAAAUUGGAUCCAUCUGACAAGCAGAAAAUUGAGAAGGCAAUUGAUGAGGCAAUCGAGUGGUUGGACGGGAACCAAUUGGCUGAAGUGGAUGAGUUUGAAGACAAACAGAAAGAGCUGGAAGCGCUCUGCAAUCCAAUUAUUGCUAAAAUGUACCAGGGUGCUGGUGGAGAUGUGCCGAUGGGCGGAGCUGCUGCUGAUAUGCCUGGAGCUGGUCGUGGCACAGCUGAUAGUGGUAGCAAUGGUCCUGGGCCUAAGAUUGAGGAAGUUGAUUGAAGAGUUGAAAGUUCUUGCUGAAAUGUCCUGUUUAUGAUUUUCUGUUUCACCCGCGCAUGUCUUUUUAUUUUUCUGUUUUUUUUGUAUGAUAGUAGUAUCAAAAAUUGGGAGUGACAGAAACAGUUGGGAGCGGCAGAUUGAAAGCUGUAAUAGAUGUAGAUCUUUAGGUCCUUCAUAAUAAAAAGUUUCCUCUUUUUGUAA